ACUCCAGCACUUGUGCAUAUUUCUUCCUAUUCAGCUCACCGGUAUAACUCUACCAUGAAGUGGACUUCCGCCCUCUUUAUUGUAGUCGCCUUGACAUCCAUGUCGUCAGCGGCUCUGAUGCCCGAUUGGCUUGACCAAUUCUUCAUGUCUCUCGCCCCUGCUGCCAAGGACGAUCGCUGUUCAAGCCAGAAGAAUCCUAAUGGCACUGGCAAGUGCUCCCCCUGCGUGGCGUUGCAGGACAAAGGGAAAUACAUCUGCGCAUUCGACCGAAACACUCUGGACUGCGUCUCCCGACCUUCCGGAAAGCUCCCCGACAACCUUGUGGGUAAUGAGAAUGCUGCACAGUGCACUACAUUGCAACAGAUUAGCAUGGAAACUCCUCGCUUCACCUCGACCGAGUUGCAGCGGGCUCGAACCGGGUGGAAUAGAAUGGAAACCCACGUGCUUGACGGAGAACCUAAUGAUCCGAAAGCGGGAAGGCAUCUGUUCACUUCAUGGAGGCUGAAGAAUAAUGAUCAAGGAAAUUGCGACGAUGAUACGAAUCUCUGUGCAUUCAACGGUGGUCUCAAGACGGUAUGGAACGACUGUCAGGCUGCUCGAUACACUCGGAAGGAUGUACAAGACAUAUGUACUGGUUCAAUCCUCUUCAAUAUCAGACACAACAGGAUGGCCAGUAGUAGGAACUCCGUGAUAAAGUCGAAGAGCGGCAAGAGUCUCUGCAUCGAGCAUCUUGUCACAGCAUCGAACACGCCUUCAUGUUUCCCGAUUGGCUUCCAUUAUACCACUGCGCCUGUUGAUUCAUCUCGGGCGUGCACUCCGGCUCAACAGGGUCAGGGUCCUGUUAGGCUAGUCCCACAGGGUCAGGGAUGUUAGGGUUGAGGUCGGAGUUCAGCUUUUAGGAUGAUACAUGGACAUUCGUGUUUAACAUUAUAACACAUUGUAGGCAUGAACGCAAGGCAAGGCGACUGCCCCAAGUAUUAGAGAAAUUCUGUCUGAUUCGGAGAAUGGUGGAUUGCCGUACUUCAAUUACUCUUUGCUCGCAGUACUUUUCCCAAGACCUGCCUUUCUAUCAAUUGCAAUCUAAGGUAGCGAAUCCGAUUGGCUUUGCUUGUUGAUUAAAUGUCUGAGCUGCCAGAAGAAAGAUUUGGAACAGGC